AUGCCCCCCAAAAAGAUCGCCAUCGUCACCUGCAGCACUCGAUCUCCGCGCCUCAACCCAACCAUCACCCGCUACGUCCACGACCUUCUAACCCACGACCCGGCCCUACCAACCCAGCAGCCCUCCUCCUCACAAAACAAAGCGUCCUCCCCGAACGAGACCACCACCGACACCGACACCGAGAUCGACAUCGACCCUGAUCCCAACUCCCGACACAUCACCUUCACCAUCCUCGAUCUCGCCGCGCAAUCCCUCCCCCUCUACGACGAAUCCGUCAUCCCCGCCAGUCUGCCCGCCUCAGAUCCCACCCCUCACUACACACGCCCCCACACCCGCGCAUGGUCAGCCACCGUCCGCGCCUACGACGCCUUCAUCUUCGUGACGCCCCAGUAUAACUGGAGCAUCCCGGCGAGUCUCAAGAACGCGCUGGAUUACUUGUUCCACGAGUGGGCCGGGAAACCGGCGGGGAUGGUCUCGUAUGGGUCGAGGGGGGGUGGGAAAGCGACGGAUCAUUUGAGGGCGGUGUUGACGGGGUUGAGGAUGAGGGUGGUGGGGACGGCGCCGGCGUUGGUGAUUAAGUAUACGGGCUUGCCGGUGGGAGGGUUGUCGGAGGAGGAGGAGAGGGUGGAUUUGGAUGGUAGGGAUGUGGAGGGGUGGAGGUUGGCUGGUUUGGAUGGGAUGAUGAGGAAUUUGGGGAUGGAGUUGGUUUGCGAGCUGGAUAAAGAGUAG